UGGGACAAUUUAAAUGUAGAACAAAAUAUGUGCAGCGCUGCGACUUUUUUUUGGACAUUAGAAAGAAGGUUCGUCGCUUAUGAUUGAGUAUAAGUCUUUCUUUAUCAGAAAAUGCUAUUCUUCGUACACACAACUUGUUUUGCAGCACAUUUCCAAAAAAUCAUGAAUUGGAGGUGUACAAAAGUGCAAAACCUGGGUACUGGUACUACUAUUAACGAUACAUGUCCUCUUCACCAUUUGAUUGAUGCUUUGUUCAGCAGGAAGUGAAAAAUUCACCGGCAAGCAAUCAAGCAAGCAAAAAAAAGAAGCUGUUUCGCAGCUUAUUAUUUCAACAUGGACACAUGAAUAUGAAUAAGCCUUGUUUGUAGUGCGCAGUUUAAGUGCCAUCCCUCUAUUGCAACGAUAAACAACCAACCCAUCCCGGAGAUUUGCAACGGAGGCGGUUUUGUAAAAUUAGUAUUUUUAUUGAGCAUAAAACUGAAAAUGGUGCAUCUCUUCCCACCAAAAAAAAACGCCCCACAGGAGGAUAAGCUUUCCCGGUGUAAUAAAAUAAUCACUUUAAUGUGCGGAAAAGAACACCAACCGACGUUAAAAUGUGUGCUCCUCCUUGGUGCCGAUGGUCAGCAAAAAAAAAACCAAACCCAUGUUGAACUGAUGACACCUUGUACCUGCGGCGGUUGAAGAUCGGGAAGGAACAUUCAAUCCAUUUUGUUCUUAUUGAAAUAAAACGUAAAAAACGCCCCAUGAUUAAUGUACCGCAUCCGUUCUGGGUGUUUGGAUUCGGUUCGACGACGUCCAGUGCACGACAUCGUCAUCGCAAGGAAGCAACCAAACAUCACCCGGCAGACGAGUAAAUGCCGGACAGGGCGGUCAAAUUGAUUCCAUUAGCGUCCAAGGUCAGUGGGCCAUGCAGGAAUUACAUCCCACGAUAAUUAUUAUCCCACAAAUCUGUCCGAUGAAGUAUAUUAAUUCCUCUUCGUUUUUACAGAUCUUUACUCUUUCGAGUGGUCCUAUGUACUUGACCGCACUUUCAUGAUGGGUGAGACUGUGAAAGGAAAUCUUAUCGGUGAAUUUAAAUCACCGUGAGCGGGAAACUCUUUCAAGUUGCAAAUGUGUUGACAGAAAACCGAAAGACAUUUUCACAACCAUUUAACGAGGGUUGGGUGUUGUAGAAAUAGUUUUUCCUCAAGCUUGAACUUGCUACAUUUAACCUAUUUUGACUUUAUCGCGACAUUUGUUACAACUCCACUUCUAUGUUUGAAGCGUUCUAAGAGUGUUUAAUAAACGCAAAAUUAUCCCAAGUCGUUGGCGUUGAAUCAUCGUAUUAAGCUGUCAGACGGCAACACCAACUUCAAUCGCAAUUAUGACCAAUAAAUCACACGAUAAUUGAACUAAAAGUACUUCCAAGAGGUGGGCGAAUAAAACAACUAUUUGGAUUUGAGUAAGAUGAACUAAGCAUGGAUGACUUGGUUUUUGUUUUUUGCUUUAAAACAACUUUAAGCGUUUGUGUAGAUAACAAAUUUAAUAAUCUAUUUGUUCAUAUUUGAAACCCCUUCCCUUCUUUAUCUAAUCCAACAAAAAAGUCACCCACAAGACCAUAGCCCAUGGUAGAAGAGGCACUACUUGUUGGCUUUUGGAAGAAGAAGCAAAAAAACAAUAGGUAAUAAAAUCGAAAUAUUAGAAGUCUUGUGUAGGGUUGGUGGAAAUUUUGCUGCACCACACGAUGAACCCACCAUACGGUCGGGGGCAAAGCUUUUCCUUCUCCCCCAAUUCACCCUAGGGAGUGAACGAGAGUGGUCAGAAGAUUUCACGCCCGACUGCCAAUGGCCAGCUUGCCCCUUCACCCGGACUGCACACCCGGUACUCGUACCACUGAGGGUACAAAAACAAAACAGAAAAAGACAGACUGAACUGAUUCGCACAUAUUUUGUGGCAUUGCACCAAAAGGUACCACUCUAUCAAACCAGCGAACUGGCCGACUGGCUGGCUGGUUGUUUGAUGGUGGUCAACGCGCAAUGAUUAAAACCAACCGGGGCACACGUUGGCCAGCUCAGUUGGUAGACAACCGGACAACCCGGUCGAUGCUCUCGGUUCUUGAUAUUCGUGUUCAAGACGUUUAAAAGUUUGCAAGCAUCAAACACGUUGUUAUUGUGUUACUGGUACCGUGCUGAGAUUUCGUCUGUGAAGCUCUGUAAUAGUGGCAAACAGAGUAGUGUACAGGACAUUUGUUUGCCUUUCGAGUGAUAAGUUAAAGGGUGCAGUUUUGCUUCAAACAAUACGAAAAUGACUAUAACACUGCUCAUCCUGGUUGCCAUUAGCACAGCAGUUUCGGCCGCAGGACAAUCGGGAGGGUAUAAUGGCUAUAACUAUCCAAAACCGACUACACCAGCUCCAUUCACCGGAUACGACUACCCAAAACCUUCGAAAACUUUUAAUGAAGGCUACACCUACACAACUCCCCAGUGUCCACUGGUGCUUCCGAGUACCAGUACCCUCACCGAUUAUCAAACGAUCGUGUCCACUUCGUUUAUUACGCAAACCGAAACACUUCCACCCCUUACAAGCACUCGUUUCGAGACGUCCUACGUGACAUUGCCACCGGUAGUGCAGACACAAACGGACACUUCCACCCUGUACGUUACCCUCACCUCGACGGACUUCAUUUUGUCGACGACGACCGAAAUUCAACCGACAACCGUCACGUCCCUGCUUACUACGACAUACUGUCAACCGAACACCUACCUGCCACCACCGACUCCACCACCAAAUACGUACCUGCCGGUGGAUCCACCUGCCAAGGAGUAUCUGCCACAGCGUCCUGUGGCAACACCCCAGACAAACGGGGCGGGCGUAUCAACCAUAGUGCGACAGUCGGAAUCAACUGGCGAUCAGGGUGCGUUCAUAUCCACCUUCGUUCAGCAGCAGUCGGGACCGAUCAAGCGUGCCACCGUGGGCAAUCCAUCGCGUCUGGAAGCACUGUCCAGUGAGAGGAUCGAAUCGAACGAAGUGAUCUCGGGUGAGGAACCAUCCAAACCGGCCAUCAACAUCAUCUACAUCGAUCGAAAUGGCGUAUCGGAGGGAAAACCACCGGCUGCGUUGAUGAACUGGUUGCUCUGCAAGUUUAAUCUUUCGAGCGGUUCCUGCUCAAACAACUGACGGAGGAAUUGUCCUCCGAGGCGGGAAAGCUAUCGAAAUAAAGAUUGUUGUGAUAAUGGCAUAUAAGGGGAAGAAAGGUGGUAAGGUAUAAUGCUACAUAGGAAUAAAUGAUUUUCAUCAUCUGUUUUCUUUUUGUGUGGGAUGGAAACCCCACGAAAACAGUGCAUGAAGAAUGAGUCCAAACAAUGUUACCCUUUUCGUAAAUACACUAAUACUAUUUAUAUUAUACAAAAUGUGUUUCUGUUUGGUGGGCAAUAAAAAUGAGCAACAAAAACCAGUAAGCUAAAAAUAUGCGCUCCACUAGGCACGUUGUUUGCUUCAUCUAAAUUCAGAUUUAAAUGUGGCCAAGCCCAGAUUUGUGUCAGAACGAGAACAUACAGCACAAGGUGUAAGCUUAAAUAACUUAUGAUGCGAUGAUGGUAGCUUCAGAAGCGAGAACGCUUUACCUUUUAGUGACGAAUCGCGCAGAAAAAGUUC